GGGACUGAUGUGGGGUGGGCCUACUUGGGAGAGGGGUGUUGACUGUGUCGUGCGCCCUUUGGAAUUCAGUUCUGAGUGUUGGCCGCACAGGUGGGAAGCUGCAGUGAAUCUGGAGGAGCCUAGGCGCUUGGUGGAGAAAGAGCAAAAAGUGAAAGGCUCUCCUUAAGAGCAUUGCUAUUUCAGAAUGGAAGAGGAUACAGAUUUUAAAACCAGGUUCAGUUCCUUGUGUUUUAUUACUGACCAUAUUGGAUUUCAUGGCACUAUAAAAAACUCACCGAGUGACUUUGUUGUUACUGAGAUUGAUGAACAAGGACAGUUAGUUUAUAAAGCCACCGAUGGGCCUACUUAUACACUUAGUAGAGGACUAUCUGAACCAAAUGAUUUUGUCAAAAAAGCAAAGCUCGAUGUUCAGAGUUUUUCCUUUGAAGAGAGAAGCCACCAAGAAGUCAGUCCUUUGAUGGAAUCCUCUGAUGCUGACCGGUGUCCUCAUUCUGGUUCAGAAAAGGAAAAUGCUGUCAAUUAUGGAACUUCCAAAAGCAAAGAAGAAAAUGUUGAUGUAUUAGGCACCUUGUUAGAUGAAAGAACUAAUGAAUUGCUGAAUCAGUUUGCCUGUGAUGUAAAAAAAAAUUGGAAUUCUAAAACUGAGCUAACUGGACCAUCUCCUGAAUUCUCAGUAGGAAGAAUCCUUGACAAAAGCCAGAGAGCUGUUUUGCAUAGUUGUAUUAGGCAAAAAUUUCCUUUUCUAAUAACUGUAGGGAAAAACAGUGAAAUUCUUGUCAGACCAAAUCUUGAAUGUAAGGAACUUUGUCACUUGGUGUCUGAAGAAGAAGCAUUUGGCUUUUUCAGAUAUUUGGAUGCAAAGAAAGAAAAUUCCAAAUUCACCUUUAAACCAGAUACAAGCAAAGACCACAGAAGAGCUGUCCACCAUUUUGUCAACAGAAAGUUUGGAAACCUUGUGGAAACCAAAUCUUUUCCUGAGCUGAGUUCCAAUGCUGGUGAUCCACAAGCAGUGAUAACAGUAAGAUUUCGGGGAAAAGCACAUACGCAUAGGAAAAGGUCUCUUUUUGAAUGCCAGGAAAGAAAAGUCAUAUACACAGCCUUCACCCUAUGCAAAGAAAACAUGGAAAUGUUUGAAGCUAUUGGAUUUCUAGCUGUCCAACUUGGUGUGAUUCCAUCAGAUUUUACUUACGCAGGCCUUAAAGACAAAAAAGCCAUUACCUAUCAAGCAAUGGUUGUGAAAAAAGUGACUCCUGAGAGGUUGAAAAAUAUUGAAAAAGAAAUGGAAAAAAAAAGAAUGAAACUGUUUAAUAUUCGGUCUGUCGAUGAUUCUCUUAGACUGGGCCAACUCAAAGGAAAUCAUUUUGAUAUUGUCAUUAGAAAUUUAAGAAACCAACUAAAUGACUCUGAAAACCUGAGAGAGAGAAUUUUGGAGGCCAUAGAAAAUGUUAAGGUCAAAGGAUUUGUGAAUUACUAUGGACCACAAAGAUUUGGGAUGGGAAGCAAAGUUCAUACAGACCAGAUUGGAUUAGCCUUGCUGAAGAAUGAAAUGGUGAAGGCUGUAAAAUUAUUUCUUACACCUGAAGAUUUGGAUGACCCUGUAAAUAGAGCGAAGAAAUAUUUUCUCCAAACUGAGGAUGCUAAAGGCACACUCUCCCUGAUGCCUGAAUUCAAAGUCCGCGAGCGAGUACUGCUGGAGUCGCUGCAUCGCUUUGGUGUGACAGAGGAGGGCUGCGUGCAGGCCUGGUUCUCACUCCCUCACUCUAUGCGCCUAUUUUACGUCCACGCUUAUAGCAGCAAGAUUUGGAAUGAGGCAGCAUCUUACAGACUUGCAACAUACGGGCCGAGAGUUGUGGAGGGUGAUUUGGUGUGUUUGGAUGAAGUUGUUGAUGCUGAGCAGUUCACAAACCAUAAGGUUCAUUUGGUAACUAAUGAAGAGGAAUCAGCUAAUACAUAUGCAAUACAUCAGGUGGUUCUUCCAGUGCUUGGCUACAACAAUCAGUACCCAAGGAAUGAAGUAGGGCAGUGGUACCAGGAGAGACUUCGCAGAGAUGGACUGCAGACAUGCAGGUUUAAAGUUCCUGCUCUGAAACUAAAUGUUCCAGGCUGCUUCCGGCAGGUUUUGAAACAUCCCUGCAAUGUCUCCUAUAAGCUCAUGGAGGAACAUGAUACUGAUCUCAGCAUGGAAGGAUCCCACACCAGUGAGGCCACUUUAUCUCUUCUGAUCUCUUUUGAUCUUGAUGCAUCAUGCUAUGCUACAAUUUGCCUCAGGGAAAUCAUGAAGCAUGACUUUUAAAUCCAGUCCUGUUAACAGAAGUGUGUACAUGAUACUCUUCAAAGGAAAGAGAGCUGGCGUUUCUUUAGCAUCUACCAUGUGCAAGGAGCUCUGCAAUAUAUGUAGUGUUCUCUUAUUUUACAGCAUUUGAUAAAGCAGAAAUUUGGUGCUAGUGUUCCAGAGGACAUGUAGCUCAUAAGUUGAAGAAUCUGAAUUUAGGGGAGUCAGGCGGUAGUGCAGUGGGUUAAGUGGUGCAAAAUGCAAGGACUGGCAUAAGGAUUCUGGUUCGAGCCCCCGGCUCCCCACCUGUAGGGACGUCGCUUCACAGGUGGUGAAGCAGGUCUGCAGGUGUCUAUCUUUCCCCCUUUCUGUAUCCUCCUCUCUCUCUAUUUCUCUGUCCUAUCCAACAACAACGACAUCAGUGGCAACAAUAACAAUAAUGACAACAACAAGGGCAACAAAAUGGGAAAAAAAAAAAAGGCCUUUAAGGAGUGGUGAAUUGGUGGUGCAGGCACUGAACCACAUCGAUAACCCUGGAGGCAAAAAAAAAAAAAAAGAUUACAAGGUAUAGUUUCACACCACACCCACCACCAAAUGUCUUCCCAACAAUAUCCACCAUUGUUCUUACAAAGUUUUGGAAAUAGUUUGUUUACUUCUCUUUUUUUGUUUGCUUGUUUUUUCUAAGUUCAUGUUUGUCAGUUCUCUAGAUUCCACAUAUGAAUGAAACCAUCUGGUAGUUGUAUUUACUUCAUUUAUUUUGCUGAGCAUAAUCCCCUUUAGUCAUAUCUAAUUUGUUACGAAGGACACAAUAUUGUCUUUUUGAUUGCAGAAUAGAUUUCAUGGAGUAUAUGUAUCCCAUAAUUUAUUUAGCCAGUCAUCUGUGGAUGGGCACUUAGGCUGCUUCCACUGUUUGGCUAAUGUGAAUAGUGCAGCUAUGAACAUAGGGGUACAUGUUUGCAUGUUUUUUGGAUAAUGUCCAAGAGUGGUGUUGCUGGAUCAUAAGGUAAUUCCAUUUUAAUUUACUUAAUGACUCUCCAUACAAUCUUCCAAAGUGGUUCUGCACCAGUUUGCCCCUACCAGCAGAGUAAUAGAAUCCCUUUUUCUCUAUAACCUCUCCAAUACCUGUCAUUUCCUGCUUUGAUGUAGGCCAUUCCCACAAGUGUGAGGUGGAAUCUUAGAGCAGUUUUAAUUUGCAUCUCUCUCUCUCCCUCUUUCUUUUUUACAAGGGCACUGCUCAGCUCUGGCUUAUGGUGGUACGCCAUUUGAUAGUUUUACAAUAUCAUUGUAAAACCAUCAAAACCCUAUGAAAAGGAAAAAAAUUGCAGGCUGUUAGGGAAAGGAAAUAAGUUAUAUAUAAAGAUAGAGUUACCAAGUUUUUCAUCAGACUUCACAAACCCUACAGGCAAGGAGAGAGUAAGUGAAAUGACAUAUUCAGAGUACUAAAAGAGAGAAUUCGAGGCAUACAUCUUAUAUCCUGAAAAAUUAUCCUUCAAAUAUGAGGAGGGAGAAAUAAAGGUCUUCUCAGAUAUCCAAAGCUAAAGGAAUUUUCCAUCAUCAACCUCACCUUACAAUAAUUACUAAGAGGAGUCUCAGAAGCAAAGAAGCAAAGGAAUAAACAUUCUAAGUGAGGUGAACAGUAGUAGACUAGAACUAAGAACACAACAGAAAAGGAAAGAACAGUGAAACAGGAAAGGGUAGGGAGUUAAUGGAUAAAGCAUUUUUAUCAAAUGUUAGUUAAUCAAGAACAACAUAAAAAGAUGUUUUAAAAGAUAUAAUAUGUUAUUACACUUAUGGUAACCACAGUACAAAAACAAGAAACAGAUUAAUAGAAGAUAAAGAUCAGUGAGGAACUCAUCACAGAAACCCAUCCAUAUAAAAUGACAGAUAGAAACAACUGGGCAAAGAAUCAGCAAUUUAAAAUGAAUUCUAAAAGGGCCAGGUGGUGGUGCACCUAGUUGAGCAUACAUGUUACAGUGCUCAAGGACCCAGGUUUGAGCCCUCAGUUCCCACCUGUAAGGGGACAGCUUUGCGAGUGGUGAAGCAGGGCUGCAGGUGUCUCUGUCUCUCUUCCUAUCACCCCCUUCCCUCUCAAUUUCUGGCUGUCUCUAGCCAAUAAAUCAAUAGAAAUUAAAAAUUAAACCUUUUCAAAAAAUAAAAUGAAUUCAAAACAAAAAUCAGAAUGGAUGUAAGUAAACCACACAUACCAAUAAUCACCCUAAAUUUGAAUGGCCUAAAUUCAUCUGCCAAGACUCAAAGCAGUUAAUGGAUUCAAGACAAGAUCCGAUCAUUAUGUGGUUUCAGGAAAUACAUCCAAAGAAAAAACAAGCAGAAGCUUAAUAUAAGAGCUUGGAGAAAGAUAUUCCAAGCUAAUAAUUCAGAAAAAAAAUAAUUCAGAAAAAAUUCUGUUCUCAGAUAAAAUGAACUUUGAAGUAAAGAAAGUAAGCAGAGACAGAAAAAGAUGUUACAUUAUGGUCAAAGAAUCCAACAAGAAUUAUAAAUAUACAUGCCCCAAACUCAGGUGCAUCUAAAUAUGUAAAUCAAAUACUGAACUUAAGGAAGACAUUGACAGCAACACAAUAGCAUUAGGCUAUUUUAAUACACCAUUCACAGCAGAGACACAAAGUCAAUGGGGAAAUAGCAGUCUUAAGUGAAACAGCAGAAGAAAUGAACCUAACAGAUAUAUACAGAACUUUCCAUCCCAAGAGAAAGGAAUACACACUCUCAAUUCACAUGGAACAUCCACAAGGAUUGAUCAUAAGCUGGGUCACAAAGAUAGCCUAAACAAAUACAUAAAUAUUAUGUUGAUAAAGUGCAUCUUCUCAGACUAUGAUGAUAUGAAGCUAGAAGUCAAGCACAAGAAGAAAUUCCCCCUAAGUUUGGAGACUAAACAAUGUGCUUUUGAAUAAUACAUGGGUCACUGAAGAGAUAAAAAAAAACUUAAGACAUCUCAAUAUCAAUAAAAAUAAAGAUACCAGCUAUCAGAUCCUAUGGGAUGCAGCAACAGUCCUGGGAGGGAAGUUUAUAGCAGUAUAGGCCCAUAUUACAACAGAUGACACUCGGUACUUUUAACAACUUGGGAAGAGUCUAAGCUCAUCAGAGAAAGGACUAUAAAAGCUGGAUAAGGGCAAGCUACUGGCUCAUUUAAUGGUACCCUUUUUGGUCAAAGGGGACCCUAAUUUGGGAAGUCUUGGAUUCCAAAGUAGACAAUAUGGGCCAAAACCUCUAAAAGACCCUCUCUUCACCAUCACUCACUGGUCACUUCCAUCAGGAGCAUCAUAAGACCUCUUGUGGGCCACUCCAGGACCUCACCUUCACUAUAAACCAGCAAUGUAAGCACUGCCCCACUCUCUGAAAGGAGACUGGGUCAUCCUAACCUGCCACUCAAGGAAGACUGGUCCUGAAAUGAAGGCAUCCUAGAAUGUUCACAGCUGUGAACAACAACUGGGAGCUCAAACUGACAAGGACUCAGCGGUUACACAGGCUCCUGUGCUAAAUAUGAAUAUAUAUGGGCUCUGGGUUGGAUUGAUGGGGUAAACAUUAAUUUAUUGAUUUUCUUCAAAUUUGGGAGCUACUCUUUGCCCUAUUCCAGCUUUCUUGUUCUAUUCUCAAUUCUGACAACAUCUUCCCAGACAACAUUUUUGUCCACCUGCAUGUUAGCAAUAAAACUUAAGCAAAAACUA